AUGUCCGAGGCCGCCAAAAGAACAUGGUCCGACAAUUCCGAGGGCGCCCACUCCCUUCCGGCCGCAUCGCAAAAUAUCGACUCGCAUUUGGAGCUCACCCAGUCGCAGCAGCAGCUUUUGAAGAAAGUCAAACGUCCCAAUGGGGACGAUGAGCCGCUGGUGUUCGAACAAGAGUUGGUGGAAAUGACCCAGCGUGCCGAGGGUGUACAUGAGGAACAGCAGCUGUGGUCCCGGCCGCAAUUGCCGGAGAAUUAUCUCGAGAACGACGUGACGUUCCAACAGUUGGAUGCUGAAGAAGCUAUUCAUGGAGAUACUACCGUGGCUCGUUUUUUCGGUAUCACCGAGGAGGGUUACUCUGUGCUUUGUACUGUGACGGGCUUUUUACAUUACUUCUAUGUUCCUGUUCCUAGGGGCUUUACGUCUGCUCAGUUGGGAGCGUUUAAGAGUUCCAUGAAGGCCAAUUGGUAUGGGAUUCACGAUAUCACUAUAGAACUCAAGGAGUCCAUUUGGGGCUUCAGCAAUAACGUCAAGGUGCCAUUUUUCAAGGUGGUGGUGGCCAACGCCAAGGACAUUACUAAGAUUAGAGGUGCGUUUGAAAGGGGAGAGGUCUCGUUUGAAAACUACUUCUCGCCGGGACAGAAUCCCUCUUACGAUAACAUCAAUUACUUGCUUCGAAUGAUGAUCGACUGCAACAUCACCGGUAUGUCAUGGAUGUCUCUUCCGAAGGGGAAGUUCACUCUUGUAGAUCCCGCCAUGAAACUAUCAACUUGUCAGAUUGAGUGUGUCAUUGACUACCGUGACAUCUUAUCGCAUCCAUCUGAAGGCGAAUGGCUAAAAAUGGCUCCUUUGCGUAUUCUCUCUUUCGAUAUCGAGUGUGCGGGAAGAAAAGGUGUCUUUCCUGAGGCAAAGGAAGACCCAGUCAUUCAGAUCGCUAAUGUCAUUCUGCGGCAGGGUGACCAACGUCCUUUCGUUAGAAAUGUGUUCACUGUGAACACUUGUGCACCUAUUAUUGGUUCCGAAAUCUUAUCUUACCAGGAAGAAAGAGACAUGCUCAUGGGCUGGAGAGACUUUGUGGUAAAAUCCGACCCAGAUGUCAUUAUCGGUUACAAUACCGCAAAUUUUGAUUUACCAUAUUUGCUCGAUCGUGCAAAGGCUUUGGGCUUGCCUAAGUUCGCAUUCUUUGGACGUAUGUUUAACAUUAAGCAGGAGGCUAAAGAUUCCGUGUUUAGUUCCAGAGCCUAUGGUACUCGUGAGAACAAAGUCGUCAAUAUCGAGGGAAGAAUGCAACUUGAUUUGCUUCAAUUCAUUCAGAGAGAGUACAAGUUAAGAUCCUACACCUUGAACUCUGUCUCGGCGCAUUUCUUGGGAGAACAAAAAGAAGAUGUCCAACAUUCCAUCAUUACAGAUCUCCAAAAUGGUACGGCUGAGACGCGUCGACGUUUGGCUGUCUAUUGUUUAAAAGAUGCUUACUUGCCGCUACGCUUGCUUGAAAAAUUGAUGUGUUUGGUCAACUACACUGAAAUGGCAAGAGUUACAGGUGUUCCGUUCUCUUAUCUUCUUGCAAGAGGACAGCAAAUUAAAGUCAUCUCGCAACUUUUCCGGAAAUGUCUACAAGAGAAUAUUGUCGUACCAAACAUGAAGAGUGAAGGAGGAAACGAAGAAUACGAAGGUGCCACUGUCAUUGAGCCAAAUAGAGGAUACUAUGAUGUUCCUAUUGCAACCUUGGAUUUCAGUUCUUUGUACCCUUCUAUUAUGAUGGCUCACAAUUUGUGCUACACAACAUUAUUAAACAAAGCCUCGAUUCAAGCCUUCAACUUGUCCGAAGACGAAUACACUUUCACUCCCAAUGGCGAUUAUUUCGUGAAAGAAAGCAAAAGAAAAGGUAUAUUACCCACAAUUUUGGAUGAAUUAUUGACUGCCAGAAAAAAGGCUAAAGCAGAUUUGAAAAAAGAAACAGACCCCUUCAAGCGUGAUGUUUUGAAUGGAAGACAACUAGCAUUGAAAAUCUCCGCUAAUUCUGUGUACGGUUUCACUGGUGCAACCGUUGGUAAACUACCUUGCUUGGCUAUUUCUUCCUCUGUCACUGCUUUCGGUCGUGAGAUGAUUGAAAAGACGAAAAAUGUCGUGCAGGAAAAAUAUUCCAAAGCAAAUGGAUUUCCACACGAUGCAGAGGUCAUUUAUGGUGAUACGGAUUCUGUGAUGGUGAAAUUUGGGUUUGAGGACCUAGAGACUUGUAUGAAGUAUGGUGAAGAAGCUGCAGACUAUGUCUCAACGAAAUUCAUUCGCCCAAUUAAGUUAGAGUUCGAAAAAGUAUACUUCCCAUAUCUUUUAAUUAACAAGAAGAGAUAUGCCGGUUUAUACUGGACGAGACCGGACAAAUUCGACAAAAUGGACACGAAGGGUAUAGAAACUGUCAGAAGAGAUAACUGCCGCUUGGUACAGAAUGUUAUUACGAAAGUUUUGGAAUUUAUUCUUGAGGAAAGAAAUGUUGAAAAAGCCGAGCGCUUUGUGAAACAAACUAUUGCCGAUCUUCUUCAAAACAGAGUUGACUUGUCACAACUAGUCAUUACAAAAGCAUACUCUAAACACGAGUAUGAUGGCAAACAAGCUCAUGUUGAGCUUGCAAAAAGAAUGAAACAAAGAGAUCCUGGAUCUGCUCCCUCCUUAGGUGAUAGAGUGGCAUACGUCAUCAUCAACUCCUCCAGUACAAAGAACUACGAGAAAUCAGAAGAUCCAUUGUACGUUUUGGAGAAUUCGCUUCCAAUUGAUGUUAACUACUACUUGGAGAACCAGCUUUCAAAGCCAUUAAUGAGAAUUUUCGAGCCCAUUUUAGGAGACAAGAAGGCCAAAGAGUUACUUUCUGGAGCGCACACUCGUACCGUCAAAAUGAGUGCUCCUAAAAGUGGCGGUUUGAUGAGAUUUGCAAAGAAAGCCGAACUAUGCAAAAAUUGCCGCACCCCGUUGAAACCAAACAACCAUGGCGCUGUCUGUGAAAAUUGUAUAUCAAAGGCUCCAGAGUUGUAUGGAAAUGCAUUAGCUCAAAUGAGUUACUUGGAGCAUAAGUUUUCGAGAUUGUGGACGGAGUGUCAGAGAUGUCAGGGCUCGUUGCAUCAAGAAGUCUUAUGUUCUAACAAAGAUUGUCCAAUUUUUUACAUGAGAAAGAAGGCACAAAAAGAUGUCAAUCAGCAAGCACAAGAAAUCAAGAAAUGGGAUGAUACGGAGUGGUAA